AAUUGGUUUAUGCUUAUAAAAAUGGAUGAAGUUAUCUAAAUGAUCCAUUGAGUGCCCAUUUUAAUUACAUAGAUGGAAGGAUUACAAGAGGACAGUAUUUUAUGUCUACCCGCUGCUUACUGUGAGUGAUGCGCUUCUCAGAGUUGGAGAUGAAAGAGCGAGAAGGUGGCCACCCCACGACCAAAGACUCCGAGGUGCGCAAAUUCAGCCCCGCUGACUGGGAAAGGCUGAAAGGAAGUCAGGACAAAAAGCCAAAGUCGUUCACCCCGGAGGAGGCCAUUGCCGACCAGAACGACAGUGAGAGAUGCUUCACUACUUUCAGUUCCUCAAAAACUGUCAUGCCAUUAUUAAGAAAUCAAAGCAAGCAGGAAGUUUUAAAUGACUCCAAAAAAUUGCGUGAGCCUCUACCACAUGUUAGGCCAGGAGACAGCUUCCUAGUUCGGCCCUAUAAUAUCACUCGCUCCCUUUACUUGGAAAAUUGCUAA